AUGGCGGCACCAGCGUCUUCGUCGGCCAGGGAAGAGUUCGUCUACAUGGCGAAACUCGCUGAGCAAGCCGAGCGUUACGAAGAAAUGGUCGAAUUCAUGGAGAAAGUCGCGAAAGCCGUCGACAAGGACGAACUCACCGUCGAGGAGCGCAACCUCCUCUCCGUCGCUUACAAAAACGUGAUCGGAGCUCGCCGCGCCUCGUGGAGGAUCAUCUCCUCGAUCGAGCAGAAGGAAGAGAGCCGCGGCAACGACGACCACGUCUCCCUGAUCCGCGACUACCGAAGCAAAAUCGAAACCGAGCUCUCCGACAUCUGCGACGGUAUCCUCAAAUUGCUCGACACCGUGCUCAUCCCCGCCGCUGCUUCCGGAGAUUCCAAGGUUUUCUACCUGAAAAUGAAAGGAGAUUACCAUCGGUACUUGGCUGAGUUCAAAACUAGCCAAGAGAGGAAAGACGCUGCUGAACAUACCCUCACUGCUUACAAAGCUGCUCAGGAUAUUGCUAAUUCCGAAUUGGCUCCAACACAUCCGAUUCGUCUUGGUCUUGCGUUGAAUUUCUCUGUGUUUUACUAUGAGAUUCUCAAUUCUCCAGAUCGUGCUUGCAAUCUCGCUAAGCAGGCUUUUGAUGAAGCAAUUGCUGAGUUGGAUACUCUUGGUGAAGAAUCAUACAAGGACAGCACUUUGAUCAUGCAGCUUCUUCGUGAUAACCUCACUCUCUGGACCUCUGAUAUGCAGGAGGAUGAUGAUAUCAUGAAAGAAGCAGCACCAGCACCAGCAGCAGCGGCAAAGCCUGCUGAAGAAGAGCAACAAUCCUAA